AUCAGAGGCUUCAAAACACUCUAAGGCAACAAAGCUCUUCUGCAAACCUCUUUUUCAAUUAUUUGUUGAAGACCGCAACGGGAAAAUAUGGAGCAACAAGGGGAAGAAUAAGUGUUUCACAUCAAGUCUAUAAAAUAAGGAAGUUUCUGGCCUGUUGCUAUUCUGAGCCCCAGUGAAACCCCAAUCUUCCUCUUCCGCCUCUAUAUUGCAGAAGAUAUCAAACCGAAACUAGAAAAGCAUCAUAAUGAGAAUCCACACUCCAGAAAGCGUCACACUUGAGGAAGUUUCUGCGUGUCUUCUGGUUUUGCUCUGUUGUGCUCACAUCAACCCAACCCAUGGAUUUUCAUUAAACAACUGCACAAUCGGUUUCCCCUUCCAGUACUCUGGAAAUCUCAAGGUGAUGUGCAACAGGAUGGGCUACAGGGAGGUCCCUACACCGCUACCCAACAACACCGUCAUGCUGGACAUUUCCUUCAAUUCCAUCUCCAAGAUUCGUCAUUGGGAUUUCAUCAGACUCACACAUUUGAUCACAUUGAACAUGUCCCACAACAGGAUAUCUGAAAUAGAAGGCAGUGCUUUUAGUAGCUUGAGAAACUUAACAGAGCUCAACUUGUCCAACAACAAACUAAACAACGUGUCGGCCAGUCUCCUUAGCGGUCUCAUCAGUCUUUCUCAUUUAAUGCUCGACUCAAACUACAUUGAGACCAUCGAAAACCAGUCUUUUGUAUCUCUUUUCAAUCUGAGGUGUGUAAACCUCACUAAUAAUCGCUUGCAGCACAUUUCCAGACUCCAUGCCGUCCUUCAAGUACCGAAUUUGGAGAAUCUAUACUUGGGAAAGAACGGCUUCACAGUACUCAACUCGAGUGACGUCCCAUCGGCACUGCCCGCUUUAAAACUGUUGGAUUUAUCACUGAAUCCAUUGACAGUGUUCAAGAUAACAGAAAACAUCUUCCCUGCUCUUGAGUACUUGAACUUGUCACACUGUUUCUACAAAGGAUCUGUGGAUUGGAUGGUUUCAGACAAGACGUUCCUACACUCCGUCAAGACACUUAAUCUUAGUAAGAGUAAUAUUUCGCAGAAACAAAUGGCUCACAUUAUACAGAGUUUCUCAUCUGUUAUGUGGAUAAGACUAAAUGAUUUGAAGGGAUUUAAAGUCCGCAGAAUUUUACCGGAGGCAUGUUCUCCACCAUUGAGGGGUCUUACAUUUGAGGAUAACAAUCUGUCGGUACUAACUGACCAAACGCUUAGACCGUGUGCAAUCCUGAAUGAGUUACACCUAAGAAACAAUAGAAUAUCAAGGAUGUAUAAAUCAUCCUUCAAAGAUCUGAAAAACUUGACAGUGUUGCGUAUACAAAAGAACAAGUUGACGCAGUUGAACGGAACUCUUCAGGACCUUCCCAAGUUACAGUUACUCGACCUUCAUCUAAACCACAUCGAAAAUCUCGACUGUUCGGAUUUUGCUAAUCUAACAGAGUUAAGGACACUCUACCUUUAUUCUAACAGAAUUGUGACAGUCAAGGCAUGUAUAUUCAAACAUUUAGCAAGUCUAUAUGAACUCGAUUUGAGCACUAACAGCCUGUUAACGGUCGGUAACGCCUUCACAAACGGCCCCCGAAAUCUGAAGCAUCUGAAUUUGAGGUCCAACAAGUUAAGCAUCAUCCAAAACAACUCAUUUAAAUCUCUACGGUCCCUUCUAGUCUUGGAACUCGCAGAUAAUCAAAUUAUAGACAUUGAGCCAUACGGUUUCACAGGAAUGACACACUUAACAGAGCUUAAUUUUGCAUCAAACAAAAUCACAGAAAGAAAACUAAGAAACCACACAAUCUUCUCAAAUAUACCUAGCCUUCAGAAUCUGGAUAUGAGCUGCAAUUAUUUGUUGUACGAAAGUCACGAAGAGCUACAACAUCCUCCCUUUGCCUCUUUAACCGAACUGACAACGUUGGCGAUAAACAGUCAGCGUCGAGGGUUACGCUACAUACCUUCAAAUUUCCUGAAAGGCCUAAAACAUUUACAAGCCUUUUACGCCGGUAAUCUGAAUAUGGAACAUUUGCAUGUUGACACGUUUAGUCACACUCCCAAUCUUAUUAUCUUGGAUUUGUCCAGCAAUAAUUUUGCAGACAGACAUGCCUUAACAGCCAUGCUAUUUCAUCCAAUACCCGGACUACAGAAACUUACACUAGUCAGAGCUCACCUUCAGACGCUGGACUUCUUUUUGGAAGCAAAUCUCACCAAUCUUACAAAUCUACGUGCCAACAUCAAUGACCUUCAGCUGAUAAACCAAACUGUGAUCCAGUCCCUUCCUCAUUUAAAAUUCCUGGAUUUACAAUACAACAGUUUCACGUGUGACUGUAGUAAUGCCUGGUUCGUCGACUGGGCCAUCAGGAACAAUGACACUCAGGUGGCUUACCUUAACAUGUACAAAUGCCGUUACCCUCCGUCUCUAAGCGGAUCAAGUCUGGCCACCUUUGACACAGAAUCAUGCAACGUACAUUAUGACUUUGUCUGCUUUGUCUACAGUUUUUCUGCCACUAUCGUCACUAUGAUUAUUUCAUUCAUCUAUCACUUCCUAAGAUGGCAGGUGGUCUACGCAUAUUACCUCUUCUUAGCGUUUCUCAAUGACAGGAAGAGGAGAGGAAACAAAAAUCAUGGGUUCCGAUACGACGCCUUCAUUUCCUACAACGUCCGAGAAGAGCCUUGGGUUAUGGAAGAGCUUGUACCAAACCUAGAGGGUCAACACGGCAUGAAACUGUGUAUCCAUCACAGAGAUUUCCAGCCGGGCAAGGCCAUCAUCGACAACAUCGUAGACGGAAUAUAUAACAGCCGCAAAACCAUCUGCCUGAUCACGCAGAACUAUCUGAAAAGCGUUUGGUGCUCAAAUGAAAUACAGGUGGCCAGCUUCAGGCUCUUUGACGAACAGAAAGACGUUUUGAUUCUGGUUUUCCUUGAGGAUAUUCCCAUACACCAGCUCUCUCCGUAUUACAGAAUGCGGAAACUGGUUAAGAAGCGAACCUAUCUGCAGUGGCCCAAACCAGGAACAGAUACAAGACUCUUCUGGCAGAAACUUAAAAUGGCUAUCGAGACCAAGGAGUCCAUGGAAGAUGACACACAGAUUCUUUCUGGACAAGAAAAAGAAGAUCUUUAAUGAUCAAUGUUCUCGACAUGCCACUUGUUCUAUCUGAGAUGUCUACCAUUGAAACAAAAGUGAAGUAUAUGCUAAAUUGAAAUAUAUCUAAAAUUUACCCAGAUCAUUUAUUAAAACCAAUUUUGUAUUCAGCUACAAUUUGUCUUAUUAGUAAACAGUCAGCAAAGGAAGUUGCAUCAAAGUUCAUUGCACCAAAAGACAUUUUAAACUUGUACCUUACUUCUUAAUCUUACUUCUUAUUUUAAACGUGUACUUUUAUUCUCCUUAGUGAUAACCUAAAUCAGAGUGGUUAACUUGGUCAGCUAAAAGUCCCAGUGAACUGGAAGUUGAGAUCGUGUUUACUUCUGUAUUCUGACACAUUUCCGAGUGAAACGGAAUUCCGAAUGAGGAAAAAAUGCGGGCGUGGCUUGUUUUGAAAACAGCCAUUGCAUUUUGUAAUGGAACUGGCAGCAGACUGACAGUUGAAGGGGAGGAGUUAACGGAUGCUCCGCCCAAGCCGUCUAACUUACGUCAAUUAAGAUGGAUAGUCACUACAGGGCAGAAGUGCAUUUUCAGAUUUUAACUGAAGAUUAUGAGGGUACAUGAAUUUUAAGAAGAAACUGACCCAGAUCAGUAAGCUAUUUACUAU